AUGGACCCUGUACGCGCCACCACGCGCGCCGCAGGCCAACCGACGUACCUCGACUCGCGCCGCGAGUCGUUGUAUCGUCACGCGUGGGACGAGGGCCUCUGUGUGCCCAACGAGCCGUCCGCGCUGCGUCAAAUGUGCGCAACAAGUCGUCCGGCGCUGGACCCCGCAUCAUGGCCGGGCCAGCAUCGGAUCCCGGAGGCCACCGGGCACUACGGGCACCACGAAGGCUAUGUCUCGCAAGGACCCGUGCAGUCUCUGUUCGAUGGACAAAGACAUGGAACUCACGUCGGCUAUGCUGCCGCGGGGUACCAGGCGCGUCAGCGACCACCGCCGCCGUCUUUCGGUACGGGUGGUUCGCCUGCCGUCGCGACGAGCUAUCACGGCCAGGAGCGUCGUGCGGCUCCGCAGGGGACCUAUGGUCGCCCUUCGCUCUCGAGCGUCAUCCAAGAUGGGCGACGCGUCGUAGCAGUUGUGACGCCGGCCGAGUACAUGCCGAUCUGCUCGACGCCGCGCGGCGCACACCCGAACCGAGAUUGGUCCCGGGCGAUGCAAGAGCGAGAAGAGAAGGUCCGAGCGGGCGAGCUGCAGCUGCAGCACGCGUGCGAGCAAGACGCGUAUGAGCGUCAGCAAGCGGACCUUGGGCGAGAGGACCUCGCCCAAAAGCUGCAACGCUGGCGGCACGUGCUCAAGGGGAAAUGCACCGUGUCGGGAACCGCAGCACCGGCGCAGAGCAAGGCCGUGCGAUUGGUCGAGUGCGAUCACGCCGGCGGCUCCACACCCUCACGCGCUUGCAUGCAUGGGGGCGUUGCCAACCCCGGUCCGCACUGGCGGACCCGACGACGACGCCGGUGCUCUCGCCGCGUCGGUCGUCUUGCGCACGGUUGACGCCAUGCUGUCGGCGCCACCAGACGUUGCCGCGUCCGGGUCGACAUGUGUCGACGUGGCGCCUGUGGUCCGCUUGGUCGGACCCAACGCCGACGCCGGUGCUCUUGCCGCGU